AUGCCCGCGCCGACCGCCGAGCCGGCGCUCCCGGCGGCCUUCCUCCUGCGCGUCCCGUCCCCGCUCCUCUCCACACCGCUCCCCGGCGCCGCACUCUCCGCCUCCCCCGCGCCCUCCUCCUCCUCCCACCACCAUGCCUCCUUCCUCCCGCGCCCGCGCGGGGGGCCCCGCGCGCUCUCCGUCGCCAUCUCCGUGCCGGGCCCCACUUCCUCAGCAGCGGCGUCGCGGCUCCACCAGAUGUGGGGCGAGUUCGCGCGGUUCGUGCGGCUGCACGGGAACCAAAUCGCGCCGCUCGGGUUCGCGUCCCUGGGCCUGGGUCUCGGCGGCGGCGGCGGCGGCGGGGGUAACGCCGGCGGCGGUGGGGGAGGAGGAGGGGAUGUGGACGGGGUAGGCGAGGUGGAGGAGGAGGCCGCGGCGCGGGCCGAGGCGCCGAAGAAGGUGCUGAUCCUCAUGAGCGACACGGGCGGCGGUCACCGCGCGUCUGCCGAGGCCAUCAAGGCUGCCUUCACCCAGGAGUUCGGCGACGACUAUCAGCUAGCUCUGUCUCUCUCCGCCUCUCUGAAAUUGCCACUUCUUUAUGCAGAGAGGUUGCAAAAGGAUGAACUGCGAAGAGAGUUAGGCAUGGAUGAAGAUCUGCCUGCUGUUUUAUUAAUGGGUGGGGGUGAAGGGAUGGGUCCUAUUGAGGCCACUGCUAAAGCGCUUGGUGAUUCUCUGUAUGAUGAAAACCUAGGGGAACCCACUGGUCAAAUACUUUCGAUAAAUUGGAAAGUUCCAGUUCAGGUGAAAGGCUUUGUUACAAAGAUGGAAGAAUGUAUGGGUGCUUGUGAUUGUAUCAUUACAAAGGCAGGACCUGGUACAAUUGCAGAGGCGAUGAUCCGUGGCUUACCAAUUAUUCUAAAUGGUUAUAUUGCUGGACAGGAGACGCAGUCAGUAAAAGCCACACAAAUAGAAGAUUGUUGUACUGUCAUAGAUUUAUAUACUAUAUACCAUGAGCUCAAGCUUAGCUCUAAAUCAUGGCUAGGUGCCCGUUUUGACUGUAAACCGGAUGCGAUGCUGCUGCUAACAACACCUAUUGAACCUGACGAAGAUGAUUGGUGCUGCCAACGCUGCCCGUACGCCGCCUCCAUGUACUUUGACACUUUGACCCUUCCUACACUCGCCAUCUUCCUUCUCUGUCUCCCUGUCUUCCUCAUGACCAAUCAGAAUGCCACAAUUUGGAAGAUCAACAGAAGACUGCCAGAGGCACAAGCGGUCCUAGAAGGAGCACUAUGGAUGGUUCAAGGAUUUCUUCCACUUCCGCCAAUUUUCUAUCUGUUCUUACCCCAUCCCUUACCCUAA